CUCUUGGCGGUUUACAAGUCAAAAGUGCAAAAGUUUUUUUUACACAUUUCCGUGUAAAGUAUAGAAACUUUAAUUAUUUAUUUUCUUUACAAAAAUAAAUUGAAUUUUACAAAUUUAUCCAUUCCACACCCCUGAGGAUUGAUGACUUUCAAAUAAUGUUAUUUAAUUUAGUAAGAAAGAAAGAUCCGAACCACUGAUGUUGUAAAUAGUAACCCCCACCUGCUGCUGUUUGAGUGUAUACGUAACAAGAAAGAUGCCUCGUCGCACGUCCACCAGAAAAAAUAUUGUAACAGAAAAGAUGCCUCGUCGCACUUCCUCCCGAAAAAAUAAGGGGCCCAACGACGACCCCGUCGUCCUUUUGGAUCGCGACCCCGUCAUUGAGGAAGAAUUAGGACAAAAAUGCAAAUUAUCCACUGAUUCAGCGUCCUGUUUUCUCUGCACAAGUCCCAACAUUGCGCCACAAUCUGCGCCGACGCCACACGGUAACAACAUUUAUACCGAGGAGGUGACCACGUUUAAACGGAUUUUUAUGACGCCACCCUUCCGGCGCAAGAUUUCUCCCCCGGCCUACAACCACUUCACGAAUAAUGAACAAAGUUGUGUCAGCUGCGCUAAGUUUGUGAGGAAUGUGGUCGCGCUGGAGGACGAGGUGGUCGCGAUUGGGCGCAGGUUAAGGGAAAAGUUGGAGGAGGGGAGGGAAAAUCUGGUGAAAAGGUGGAAAGGGACGGGGACACCGGAGCCGGUCAGAAACCACGUGACGAAGGUGAAGGACGAACCAGAUGACGACGAGCUGGUUCCAUUUUACGAGCCAGAUUUUGAUCAUGAUGACGAGAGUGAAUUUAAUUUUGGACAACCCACCGUCUCCGAUGCAUUGGCGACACGAAAGAGUCCACGUGCCCGGAAACGGAUGAAAAAUGAAGACUUUGUCAGCGACGAGGAUGGUGACGACUCGGGAGAAGAGUCAAAUUACGCACCGGACGGUGAUGAAGGAGACGAUAAGGAAAAAGUAAAACGUCGUCGUCGUCGUCGUCAGCCCCCCGCCCCCCGGAGAGAUGGGGACGACCUGAGCUGCGCCAAGUGUGGGAAAAAGUUCGGCUAUCGGAGGGGCCUACUUCGUCACGAGGUUGAAGUGUGUCGCGUUGCACGGUCGGAUGUCACUCUGCAUCCGUGCCAGAUCUGUGAUCGCGUCUACGUGUCGAAGCAGAUGAUGAUGCGGCACGCGAAUACUCACACUGGAAACAGGAAGGUAUCAAAUAAACGCAUAAAAACCGAAUCUGAAUCCGAAAACUCCGACUCGGAGGAACAUGAAGUAACCCGAAUUCGCGACAGAGAUCCGGUCAAACGCACGUGUACCGUUUGCAAGAAAAUGUUCGAGACUCAGUUACGACGCAUUUGGCAUGAAAUCAAGUUCUGUCACGUGACCUUCACCCCGGACCAGUUGGAGGAGAUGGGGGUCGCUAUGUACCCUUGUCAGGGUGACGAAUGCGAGAAAGUCUUCAUUUAUAAGAGAGACCUUAAUCGGCAUGCCAAAGCCAAAAAUCAUCCCGUCGCGGAAAAGGUUCAGCCAUCAUCGUCCGAUUACAAGAAGUUUGCUACCCUAUUUUCCGAAGCACAAAAAAAUUGUGACGACAAUUUAAACAGCGAGGUCGCCAAACCGUACAGUCUUGGAACCCAUGCGUGUCAGAAAUGUGGGAAAGUUUUUGCCACCUUGAUGUCCAAAGUGUAUCAUGAAAUCAAAAUUUGCAAAGUGGAGUACGAUGACGAAUAUCUGAAGAAAAUUAAGUUGAGCUUCCUCCCCUGCGAUCGGUGUGACCAAAAGUUUCAUUACCAAAAGGACCUCGACAAACAUGCCUUAACCCACUCCUCCGUGAAAUACACGUGUUCCUCCUGCGGCAAGAAUUUCCGGCACCUCGAGUCCUUCAACAUCCACGUGGCCAUCCGAUGCACGCAGCCCACGAUGAAAAUGACCCCGAAGGAACAGGAACUCUUGACAAAGACCAAGACGAAAAAAUGUCCCCAGUGUCCGGCCCGAUUGUGCAACAAUUCCGGCCUCUACCGCCACAUCGCGACGGUGCACAACCCCGCCAAAAGAAAACCCAAACCGAAUCCGGGUAGAAUCGAGCAGACCACGGUUUGCGAAUUCUGCGGAAAAUCCUUCUCUGCCCAAGUUUACAGACAGCACAUUCGUCGCAUGCAUACCAAUGUGCGCAGCCACGUGUGCUCCUCGUGCAAAAAGCGGUUCCUUAGUCGAGACGAGCUUGAUGCGCAUAUUCAGGUAUGCCUCCAAGACGAAGAUGGCGAGGAAGGCGUCGACAAAAAAUGGAGCUGUGACGAGUGCGAAGCAACCUUCGAGUGGCCGUCAGGACUGAACGAUCACGUGAACAUGGUCCACCUUAACGUCACCCGGUACGAGUGUGACCUCUGCGGCGACCGGUUUUUCAAACUGGGCUCCCUCAACAAGCACGUGAAGCGACACGAGACCACGAAAAUGGACAAGCUGCCAAAGCGAAAGCGGGGGAAAAGGAAGUCACGUGGUGUCAGCAGUCCUGUCAAGAAGCCACGUGGUCGGGGCACACGUGGCAAGAAAAAAUCACAACGGGCUGAAGAGGUAGUGUUUCAAGAUGUGAUUUUCGAAGUUUCUAACGAAGUAGAAAUAAUGUAGGUAGAUAAAAUCUUGACUAAAAUGUAAGUAAAAUGUAGUUAAAAUUUUAAAAUAAUUUCCAAAAAACACUGUGUACCCAGAACAUCUGAACCGUUUCCAUGUUAUUGAUGAAGUAGAUAAAUUAGCAUACAUAAAUAAGUGUGCCUGUUAUGCAUAUAAUUUUUUAAAUAAAUAGUUCAUAAGUGUAUGUAAAUCAGUAA